AAACCCCGAAAACCCCCCUCCCUUUCACUCUUUCACUCCUUCCCAAGAAAUCUCAAUCGAUCGAGAAAUUCUUGAAAAAAAAAAACCUAAUUUGAAGCAGAAGAAGAAAAUGGCGACAGAAAGUGGUGUUGGUGAUAACAGCAUCUAGACCUAAUUUCCGACAAAUUAGCUUUUCCAGUUCACGCUUCGUUUUCAGCCGCUGGUUUCAUCGUCACUGCCACCGGACCCCCCGCUUUUGAAAAGAGCUCACACUCGUCUGCUUCGUCAACCGUGAAGCAAACGACGCAAGGAGAUCUUGAUCUGUGCUCGUGUGGACUAAGUAGAGGAAUCACGCUUGGGAUUUUGUCUCCGAAAUAUGAAAAGGCCUGCCGGUAUUUCAGAAACUAUGGAAAUUGAAGAGGAUGAUAACUAUGAGGACUACAUCCCUGUGAAUAAGCGAAGGGCUAUGGAAGAAGCAAAAAUACUUCAGAAGGGGAAAGAGUCAGCACCAAAUGAAGUUGAAGUCGAGAAGGAGAAAGCCGAGGAAGCUAAGCCCAGUCUUCUGGUGAAGGCUACACAAUUAAAGAAAGAUGUUCCUGAGAUCAGUCCUGUUGAGCAAAUUGUGAUACAAGAAAAGGAGAUGAUAGAGAAUCUUUCAGAUAGGAAAACCCUGAUGUCAGUUCGUGAGUUAGCCAAAGGCAUAACAUACACAGAGCCACUCUGGACAGGGUGGAAACCUCCGUUGCCUAUAAGGAGGAUGUCAAAGAAGCAGUGUGAAACCAUUCGAAAGCAAUGGCAUAUUAUUGUGGAUGGUGAUGAUGCACCACCUCCUAUCAAGAACUUUAAGGAGAUGAGGUUCCCUGAACCUGUUUUGAAGGAGUUGAAAGACAAGGGAAUUGUUCAACCCACACCAAUCCAAGUGCAAGGCCUUCCUGUAAUCUUGUCCGGUAGAGACAUGAUCGGUAUUGCGUUUACCGGUUCAGGGAAGACAUUGGUUUUUGUCUUGCCCCUCAUAAUGUUGGCCCUGCAAGAGGAGUAUAUGAUGCCUAUUCUUCCCGGCGAAGGGCCGAUUGGUCUGGUAGUUUGCCCUUCAAGGGAACUUGCAAGGCAAACAUACGAGGUUGUGGAGCAGUUUCUGAUUCCGCUAAGGGAGGCUGGACAUCCAGAAUUGAGGCCGUUGCUGUGCAUUGGAGGGGUUGAUAUGCGGUCACAAUUGGAGAUUGUAAAAAAGGGUGUACAUAUAGUUGUUGCCACUCCAGGGAGGCUUAAGGAUAUGCUUGCCAAGAAGAAAAUGAAUCUUGAUAAUUGCAGAUAUUUGUGCUUGGAUGAGGCAGAUAGAUUGGUUGAUUUAGGGUUCGAAGAUGACAUCAGAGAAGUCUUUGACCAUUUCAAAGCUCAAAGGCAGACAGUCCUGUUUUCUGCCACUAUGCCAACAAAGAUCCAGAAUUUCGCUCGAAGUGCCCUGGUUAAACCCAUUGUUGUAAAUGUCGGCAGAGCGGGGGCCGCUAAUCUCGACGUUAUCCAAGAAGUCGAGUACGUGAAGCAAGAGGCCAAAAUCGUUUACCUCCUCGAAUGCCUACAAAAGACCCCGCCACCCGUCCUAAUAUUUUGUGAAAACAAAGCUGACGUGGACGAUAUCCACGAGUAUCUCCUUUUAAAAGGGGUUGAAGCCGUCGCCAUCCACGGUGGAAAAGAUCAAGAGGAGAGGGAAUACGCCAUUAAAUCCUUCAAAGCCGGGGAAAAAGACGUGUUAGUUGCCACCGAUGUCGCCUCAAAGGGGCUUGAUUUUCCCGAUAUUCAGCACGUUAUCAACUACGACAUGCCGGGUGAGAUUGAGAAUUAUGUUCACCGAAUUGGUCGAACGGGAAGAUGUGGGAAAACGGGAAUUGCAACGACAUUCAUAAAUAGAAACCAGAGUGAGACUACACUGCUUGAUUUGAAGCACCUUUUGCAAGAAGCUAGACAGAGGAUACCUCCAGUAUUGGCCGAACUUGAUGAUCCGAUGGACGAAGCGGACGAUGUUGCGAUGGCGAGUGGAGUCGUUGGGUGUUCUUAUUGUGGAGGGCUUGGUCAUAGGAUCCAGAAUUGCCCUAAAUUGGAGCAUCAGAAAACCCAACAACUUGUUAAUUCGAGAAAGGAUUAUUUUGGAGGUGGGGGUUAUAGAGGAGAAAUAUGAAAGGUUCAGUUUGGUUUGUUGUUUUUAUGUAAGGUUUGUAGUAGCUGUUGCUGGAUGUUUAAACUCCUUUGGUAAUGUAUCUUUUGUAUGUUUAAGGAAAUGUUUAACGUUUCAUUAGUAUAAAUGUAUAUUGAGGUGAAAUAUAUUUUUCGUAUAUGUGUUUUUACUAUCUA